AUGAAGGCCGUUGUUUACACACAAAAUGGGACUGUUGAAGUUUUAGACCGCCCUAAGCCAACGGUACAACAGCCUACUGACGCAGUCGUGCGAAUGCUACAUGCAUCUAUCUGUGGCACAGAUCUUCAUAUCCUCAAAGGUGAUGUACCAACUGCGAAACCGGGUCUUAUCUUGGGCCAUGAGGGUGUCGGGAUCAUCGAAGCAUUAGGAUCCGCCGUUCAGGGAUUUCAGGUGGGCGACCGGGUCAUUGUUUCCUGUAUGACCUCUUGCGGCUCGUGUCGGUUUUGCCAGCGAUCUAUUCAAUCACACUGUCAGCAAGGAGGGUGGACUCUAGGCCACCAGGUCGAUGGAACACAGGCGGAAUUUGUCCGUGUUCCUCACGCCACGCUAUCGCUCCAUCCCUUGGACUCCUCUGUUGAUACAUGUGCUGCAGUUUCGCUUUCAGACGCCCUGCCAACAGGUUUUGAGUGCGGUGUGUGUAAUGCCGGAAUCAGUCCGACAGGCUCAGUGGUUAUUGUGGGAGCAGGCCCUGUGGGCAUGGCUGCCCUCCUCAUGGCCUGCCUCAUAAAACCUGCCUUCAUUGUUAUGGUCGACCUGGAUGAUGCGCGCUUAGAGACAGCACGCACCAUGGGCGCACACCAUACAGUUAACUCUGCAGCUCCAGACGCAAUACAACAGCUGCUGGAUCUGACUGAGAAUAAAGGAUAUGACUCUGUCAUCGAGGCGGUAGGCAUUCCAGCUACGUUUGAAAUGUGUCAGGAAUUGGUUGCCGUUGGCGGACAGAUUGCAAACAUGGGAGUACAUGGCGUGAAAGUGAAUUUACACAUGGAGAAGCUCUGGGAUCGAAACAUCAGUAUUCAUAUGUCGAUGUGUAAUGCGACUUCAACUCGCCACUUGCAGAAUCUUGUGAAGAAGGGUGAAUUAGAUAUUAGCUCACUAGUGACUCAUCGAUUCCCUUGUGACCAGGCAGUGGCUGCAUAUGACACCUUCAAAGCCGCGUCUAAGCAUCGGGCUCUCAAAGUGGCCAUUGAUUUUUGA